AUGGAAGCCCUUCGAGGAGUCCGGUCUUGCGGUUGUCUCUGCCUCCUCUUGGCAUUCAUGGGGCUGGUUUCACCCAGUGCUGCCCAGUACUGGUGGCUUUUUAGUGAUCCCAAGGCUACAACUGUUGUGAUGCCCACAUCCCCCCAAGUUGUGGAAGCUGAUGACACCUCUGAGAAGAUGGUCCUGAGCACACCCUCUCUUUGGAGUACACCAGGCCCGCUUACAGAGGAAGAAGCCACAUCUGAAAGAACAACAGAGCUGGCCACCUCAGCAGCUGACAGGAAGGAAGUGUCUCCUGGUAUUAGCUUUCCCAUUUCAACAGACUUUGAGGGAAGCGCUGAGGAAGAAGAGACUGAAUUCAUACAGAUCCAGGACACUUCAACAAAACGCCUGAGGCCAACAGUUCACCAACCUACAAUCAAGGGUGAGCCUGCGACAAAACAGACAAAUGGGAAAACUGAAAGUUCACUCUUGCCUCCAGUGACCACAGAGGGAGACCACCAGAGUGUUAAAGUGACAACUGAGAAAGAGACCUCAUCUACUCUCUCCCCCAAGACAAUUGCUGCCUCCAUUCUCUGGGAGACCUCAAAACGCUUGACGCCUUCCGUUCGCCAGUCCACAGUUAGCAGGGACUCUGUGACAAAGCAGAUGAAUAAUGUUUCACAGUGCGUUUGUCCAGCAGUCCCUGGCCCUCGUGGUCCAAAGGGAGACAAGGGUGACCCAGGCCCUCCUGGGCAGAAAGGACUACCUGGGGAAACCGGCCAGCCUGGCCAGCCUGGCCAUGCUGGGCCCCCAGGACUUCCAGGCGUGCCACAUCCAGGAACACCAGACUGUACUGGUACCAAGGAUGGAAGUGGCAUCUCUGAAAAGGAUUGUGCUACCAUUGAAGGACCCCCUGGACCUCAGGGCUUGGCUGGCCACCCAGGCCCUCCUGGACCUCAAGGAUACCCAGGGCCUGAAGGCCUCCAGGGACCCCCUGGCCACCCAGGGCAUGAUGGUCAGACAGGUGUUCCAGGCCUCCCAGGUGCACCAGGCCAGCCUGGACCACCAGGAUCUACAGGCCCUCCAGGUAUUCCAGGACCAGUAGGGGCAGAGGGAUCUCCAGGAGCCAUGGGCCCCGAAGGGCCUCCAGGGAUUUCGGGCUACGUGGGACCACCAGGACCUCCAGGCUUCCCUGGACAGGAAGGGCCUCCAGGACGAGAAGGGCCUCCGGGCAAGGAUGGGGCAAAGGGUGAGACAGGUGACACUGGCCUACAAGGACCUCCAGGGAAUCCAGGACCGAUUGGAGAAAAGGGGCCUCAAGGUCCCCCUGGCCCACCUGGCGAGAAUCAGUGUAAUGUGCACACAGGACUUCUUGGGCCUCCAGGUCCUAAGGGUGAAAAGGGGGACCCAGGUGAACUGGAUUGCCGCAGGUGCUGUGAAGAAGCAAGAACUGAGACGAGAUUGCCCGGUUCAUCAGACUCUUGGGUGCCUUUUACAUAUCAAGAGAAUGGCAAAGGAGACCCGGAGCUAUAUGGCGCAAUUGUCAACCACGGUCCUCCUGGGCCCCCAGGAAAUCCUGGCUUGCCAGGCCCUCCAGGCCCUGCUGGACCACCAGGUGUUCUUUAUUUCAACAGAGUGUUCCCUGUCCGACCCAGGCCACACUGCAAGCAGCCGCUGCCCCAAGACCCAUAUUUGGAUGCAGAUGCUGAGCUGCCUCUGAAGGAUUCUUCCAAUGGAAACCAGAAUGGUUUUAAGCGCUCCACCUGGACCUUCAAAUCAAAGGAGCUGAUGUUCAAAUCCGCCGCCUCCAUUCCUGAAGGAAGCUUGGUCUAUGUCAGCGAAGAGAGUGAAGCUUUCUUCCGGACCCCCAAGGGUUGGAGCAAGCUUCUGUUGGAGGAUUCGGAGGCUUUAUUUCUUGGUGAUGACCCUUUGGUGUCUACAGAGAAAAAUCAGGUCCAAAAGGAUGAAAUCCAAGCAGUGACUCGGGCUGCAUCAACUAGCAACUCCCAGAGGAUUCCUUCGCUUCGCCUAGUGGCGCUCAACAUCCCCCUGACUGGUGACAUGAAUGGGAUUGGCGGUGCUGACCUGCAGUGCUAUCAGCAGGCACAGGCGGCAAACCUGUAUGGAACUUUCCGGGCCUUCCUGUCCUCAACCACUCAAAGCCUAGUCUCAAUUGUGAAGAGAACUGACCGGAGCCUGCCUAUUGUCAACCUUAAGGGCCAACGAUUGGCAAAAAGCUGGAAUUCCCUCUUCAGUAGAGAUGGCCCUUCUCAUUUCAACUCAAUGAGGUUCCCCAUCUACACAUUCAAUGGGCUUAAUGUCAUAACAGAUCCUACAUGGACAUAUAAGGUGGUCUGGCAUGGCAUCAAGCUCCAUGGAGGCCCGUCCCAAAAUCAAAACUGCCGGGACUGGCGAACAGCAUUCCACCAGUCAGAAGGCCUUGCCUCGUCUCCAACUGGCAGCAAGUUUCUCACAGAAAACAAACAUAGCUGCUCAAAUUCCCUGGUGGUUCUGUGUGUGGAGAACACCUUCUGAUAUGUGCAUAUACGGGUGAGCACAGCCUCGGAUGGACAAGGAUCACCAGAAGGAUCUAGUUGCUGCCGAGCCUGGAUUGAGUUGAAUGAAAGAGGCUCAUGUGCUAAGGGAAGAGGUGGGAAGCACAGAUACUCCUCUCUCCACACCCAUCAUGGCUGCAGGGGGGAGUCUGUGAAGAAACAAAGCCAUCUGUUGCCCUACAACACGGCCUAUUGCCUGGUGUGCUGUUGUGCAGAAACAACACCUCAUAACAGCCAGGUGCAAAUGGUGCUGCUUGUCCCUUGGCUUCAGCACAUAGGUAGGGCCUCCACCUGUAAGGAGAUGUAUGGGCGCGCUCUCUCUUUCUCUCUCUCUCUCUCUCUCUCUCACACACACACACAAAUCUUUACUUGGCAAAAAGGUGGC